AUAAGCAGCAGUAUAAAAUGACCGUUCUCUUCAUUGGGUGAGCUAUUACUGGUUGCACACCGCCGACUAAUCAUGGGUUCAUCAAUCAAGAACAGCUCACCUCCUCUCCACCUCCUCCUCCAACCCCUACUCCUCCUCCUCCUCCUUGGGCAAUCCUCAGCAUUAUCCUCAGAUGGGGUUCAAGUUGGUGCCCUUCCUGUCUCACUACCCAGAGCAUCUUUAUUCCAUACCCACAAUGCUGCCCCAUCCUCCUCAUUGUCAUUCCCCUCCUCUUCCUCCUCCUCAUCUUCCUUCGCUGCGCUGCAAGAGGAAGACGACGUUGAAGCAGAGAAGGCUGAGGAGAGAGAAGAAACACUUGUCUGCAUUCUGAGCAAUAUGGACAUGGCGUUGCUUCAGGCCAAGAUCACGAGGGAGAUGAUCGAUGAGUUUAAGGAUACCUAUACGUUGAGCAAGUUUAACCAGACGUGGACAGACUUGGACAGCUUCUUACCCUUGGAGAUUGACGAGGCCACGUUGGAAGUAUGCAGUGUGGAGCAGACCUGCGCCAUGGUGCUUCCCUCCCUCUCGCCGCUCUCCAAGCCGCCGCCAGCUACGGACAGCGACGCCGCCAAGUCACUGGUGGAGAUCUCCAGCCACAUCUUCCGCUUCAUGUACGCCUACGAGCAGCUAGUUAUCGACCAAUCCAUCACCAAGGACAAAUUUGCGAAGGAGAUGAAUGAUGCUUACAUCAACCACGACCAGCUCUCCAUUCUGUUAGAGAAGGUGCUGGAGUCUUGCGGGCAGACGCCGAACUUCUCUGACCUUGUUGCACUGGACGGCAAGAUGCAUGUGACCACCAGCACCCCGCGGACUGACCUUCGAGGCUUCAGUACCCUCCGCCAGAGUCUUCAAUGCCUCGACCUCCUGGAAAAUAUGUUUGGAGAGAAAGUUAAGCUGCUGGAAAAGGUGGUGGAGGAAAUAGAGAAUGAGGAGGAGGAAGAAGAGGAGGAGGAGAUUCGAAGGAGGAAUAGGAGGAUGAGGAGGAAGGGUGGCCGCUUCAGUAAGAAUGGGAAGAGCAAGAAGGGGAGGAAGAGUAGGAGGAGGAGGCACCAUCUUGAGUAGGAAGACGACAUGAGGAAAAGUAAGAUGAGAUUUUGUUGAUGAUGUAGUGCAUGCACGUAGAAUUGUUGGAACACACACACACACACACACACACACACACACACACACACACACACACACACACACACACACACACACACACACACACACUCUCUCUCUCUCUCUCUCUCUCUCUCUUUUUACCUGACGACCUUUUACUCUCAUUACAAAAUUACAGUGCAAAAUUCCGUCGUAAAUUAUUAUUACUUUUAGCUGAUAGAUAGAGCAAAAUUUUAAUUAACAUUCUUUAUUACUCAAAGUGACGCCUAGAACCUUUUCAUUAUCAUGUUCAGUCACUUAUUUAUCUGGUAUAAUAUUUAUGGAUAUUUAUUGACGUACGUUAUUUAUUUUAUCUAUGUAUUUAUUGUCUAACUUAAGGCUUUUUGUACUAUGUGAUUGGAAAUAUUAAUUGGCGAAACAUGUAA